AUUCUGAUCCAACAUAUGCCUGCUCAGUCUGGAGCGCUCUCAGACAGCAGCUUGUACUGUAAUCUAUUUCUUUUCGAGCUCCAGUUGGAAUCCAAAGUGGAGCUCACACAGCAAUGCAGUAAAAAGCUUGAGAAGUACACCGAUCCGGUUGAUCUCAAAGCACCGCACGUGGAAGCACAAUGCAGAGUUACAGGCUCAAACGUCACAUGCAACCAUUGAUGAGCAAGAAGGAGAAGAGUAGUUUUCUUGCUGAAAUCCUUCGACAAUGGCAAGAAGAAGAGCACAGUCAAAAAAACUAUCUCAUAGUCUAUAUGGAUCUGUGACUAUUUACAUGGAGCUGAAGUCUCGCCAUGACAUUGGCAGGAAAAAGAAGAUGAAAUGGCUAAUCAUGCCAGCAGAGGAGCAUGACGACGCAGCGUUGGAUGAUGUAAAGCCUGGCCUUUUGCUGUCGCAGCGCCCUGCUGAGCCCUCCUCUCUGCGGCACCUUCCCAUGGCUCCUCAUCUUCAUGCUGGCCAACACGUUGAAGUACCGAUUCCUUCGUCUCUUUCAGCACUUCAGAUGGAGUGUUUGCAGCUCGGUGGCUUUCUUUGGCAACGCAUGGAGGGCUUAUAUAGGAGGAGGAGGGGGGGGAGGGGGAAGGGUGUGGGGGAGCAAGGAGGUGGUCCGACACCCGAAGCUCUCGCGUUGGCAGGAGCGUGCACCGCGCCCGUCCUCUGGGCCAGCGGCCACGCUCCCUGGCGGCCGUACGCCCUGCGCCUCGUGAGAGUGUGGAAGGCCCGUCCACCCGCAUGUGCGCCCUUGCCACACUUGCACGCAGUUUGAUGAGUGUGGACUGUGGACGGGACGGAACUCUGGAGCUCUUCUGUAUCUUAAUCCCUCUCCGCCUCUCUCCACUUUGACCAUAGCGAGUGGUUUCAUUUGCCUCUGUAAAAACGAAGAACAAGAACUAUGUUCUUCUCCUUUCUUCAUCCUUUUGGAAAUCUAAACAAAAGUUCUAUAUAUACACAAUUGUUAAUGAUGCAGUAAAUGAAGCUGUUCGGCAAAACAGUACAUCUAAAGAUUCAACAACAGGUAUGCAAAUAAGCUGCAGGCCUCAUGAUCACUCUCCGGAAUACAACCAUUGAGAUUCCAUUAGCUGCAAUCUCUGGUUCAGCAACUCCAAGAAAAGAAAGCUCACAACUCCCGCAACACCAGCUGGAGAACACUUAGCACUCAAUCAAAGGUUUCAUAUAUAUCUAAUCACAGCUUAGCUCAUCGCACACUUCUUCAUAGUGGUUGCUUUAUAUGCUUG